AUGGAGAAAUUUCAUUCUGAAUUGUACACAAAAUGCUUGGAAGACAGAACGCAGGAGCUGGCCAAAAAUGAUUUGGUCAGCAUUUUCUUGGAGAGGGGUCCAUCACAUUCCUCCUUCACGACUAACGGAUUUUUUCCUUUGGAUCAUUCCGUAUUCUGCCAAAUUUUGUCUGCAGCUGUGACUUGGGUCUUGAUCAUUGUCCAAUUUGGAAUGCGUGACAGUUGUGGGGCUAAGCAGUCCAUUUCAACCUAGAACGAAGAGAACCUAUCUUGGAUGGGCUUCAGACAAUAAUGGCGAUGAUGAUGAUAAUGAGGGAUCAAUCGAAUAAGAAAUAUAGCAAAAAAUAUUAAAAUUUAUGAAUGAAUGUAUGGACAAGAAAGUGGCAAACAAACUGGAUAAUAUCUGUAGAAAGCUGAAAAUGAAAUGGAUGAACAUCUCCUUGAAACAUAAGAAAUAUGACCUAAAAAUUGCAACUUCCUUGUGGCCUAUCCUACACAUGCCUAUGUUAUGUAUUUGUUGUAUUCACCUAUUUAUUGUAAUGACAUUCAUUGACUUUUGUAAACUAAAGAAUCAACAAAUCCCAUCCACAUAAUCUA